UCCUUCACCCUCCUCUCUCUUUUCUCUCACAUACCAUCGCUCGCGCACUGUUUCCCACAAUCAGACUGGGAGAGCACAGCGCCUGGAUCGUGUCUCUGCCUCUCUGUUUCCCUUCUCCAUCCUCUGCCAAACCUCUGCAAGCACUCUCUCUCUCUCUGAUUUCCUCUCUGCAGCUAAAAUCCCUCAGCUUGGCAUCAGAGGCAAGACGCAAGAGAAGAGAAGAGAAAAAACAAUGAUGGACUAAAUAGAGGAUCCAGGGAAGAACUGAGGAGUCCUUGUUCUUGUCAGGGUUUUGAUGAUUGACCUGCUUUACUGCUUGUCUUCUGCAAGGAAAGACUGAAAAUGGAAAGCUCAAUCUGAGCACAGAAGGAGGUAGAAAAGGGUUCUUAUGCAUAAAAGAACAAAGUGAUGAAGACGAAUCUUUCUGUAAGUGAAGAAAUGAAGACUUAAUCCAUACUGGGGAAAAUUGUGAAGAACUUCAAAAGUAACAGGACCAGUGGACUGAAUCUUAGCUAAAAAAGGGAAGAGACUCCAAAUCAAAAGAUUUUAAAAGGUCUGUCUGAGGGAAUUAAGGCUUUCCUGCCAGUUUUCCUCUUUUCCCUUCACCAGUUUCUCAACAACUUCCCUUGAAGCUAAGCCAUGCAGGUGUCCAUCGCCUGUACGGACCACAACCUGAAGAGGGGGAAUGGGGAUCACAGCAAGCAGAACGCCACCAGCCCCAAUGUGGUGAACCAGGCCAGGGCCAAGUUCCGCACCGUGGCUAUCAUCGCCCGCAGCUUCGGCUCCUUCACUCCCCGACACAUCUCCCUGAAGGAGUCGACCGGCAAACACACGGGCAUGAAGUACAGGAACCUUGGGAAGUCUGGGCUCAGAGUGUCAUGCUUGGGACUGGGUACAUGGGUGACAUUUGGAGGACAGAUAACAGACGAGGUUGCAGAGCAGCUAAUGACCAUCGCCUAUGAGAGUGGAGUCAACUUGUUUGACACAGCUGAGGUCUACGCAGGUGGCAGGGCCGAAAUCAUUCUAGGAAACAUCAUCAAGAAGAAAUGCUGGAGGCGGUCAAGCUUGGUGAUCACAACUAAGCUUUACUGGGGAGGAAAAGCUGAGACAGAAAGAGGACUGUCAAGGAAACACAUUAUCGAAGGUUUAAAAGGCUCUCUACAAAGGAUGCAGUUGGAGUAUGUAGAUGUAGUUUUUGCCAACCGCCCAGACAGCAAUACUCCCAUGGAGGAAAUUGUUCGAGCUAUGACCUAUGUGAUAAACCAAGGCAUGGCCAUGUAUUGGGGGACAUCUCGGUGGACAGCCAUGGAGAUCAUGGAGGCGUAUUCUGUGGCACGGCAGUUUAAUUUGAUCCCUCCGGUGUGUGAACAGGCAGAAUAUCAUCUUUUUCAGAGGGAGAAAGUAGAGGUGCAACUGCCUGAACUUUAUCAUAAGAUAGGAGUCGGAGCGAUGACUUGGUCACCGCUAGCGUGUGGCAUCAUUACAGGAAAAUAUGAAAAUGGCAUUCCUGAAUCAUCAAGGGCCUCAAUGAAGUCGUAUCAGUGGCUGAAGGAGAAAAUAGUCAGCGAGGAUGGAAGAAAGCAGCAAGCCAAGCUGAAAGAGCUCAACCACAUUGCAGAGAAGCUGGGCUGCACCCUGCCCCAACUGGCUGUGGCAUGGUGUCUAAGAAAUGAGGGAGUGAGCUCAGUCCUUCUAGGAACAUCCAACCCUGAGCAGCUUACAGAAAACCUCGGGGCCAUACAGGUCCUUCCGAAGAUGACCUCUCACAUUGUGUCAGACAUCGACCACAUCCUUGGCAACAGACCAUACAGUAAGAAGGACUACCGCUCUUAGACUGGGCAGAUGGGCCAACAAGAGUUUUGCUGAAAACUACCUAACUACACCUCUACCAUGAACUCUCCUUGGUUCAGAGUUCAGAUCCACAGCUCCCUCCUUGGAUGCGCCUAAACAGCCUCAGACCCCUCCAGCCAGAAAUGAACUACCUUGCUACGUCCAAGCAUUGCAUUCUGUAACCAUGUUCAGUCGAGACUUCUGCUUCGAUGAGCUCUACCGGGUUCAUCUCAGGUGCAGUCUAGCUUAGCCAAGAAAAGCUUAGACUUUCAACGGCCUCAAAAACGCAACUUAGUAGAUCAAAACCUUCCACCACUGAUCAAAGGCAUUUGCUAGUCAGAAAUUGAGCACAGAUAAACAGUAAUAUAACUAUGCAUAUAUAAUAAUAUAUAACUAUGAGUAGCUCAGAUCCAUUGGGGUGCUUACAUUAUUAAACACUUAAUCUGCUGUUAGAAAUGAUUCAAGUUGUUAUAUGCAAUUCAGUCAAGACUUGACAUUGUCCACAACUACAGCUCCUUUUUAGAGAUAUUAGACUCCACAUCAAAUCCAGUUGGUUCAUGAAAACAAAGAGGCAUUGCAGAACUAUUGAAAAUAAAAGUGCCUUCUUUAAGAGCACCUUGAUUACUCAUAAGAAAACCUAUAAGGCACUGCAGUCAAAAACAUUUUUCUUCAUAUUCCUGGCCCGUAUUCACAACCACAAAAUUCAUAUUGGAAACAUGUUUUAUUUUCUUCCACAGCAGGAUGCACCAGUAGACCCACCUCAUGUAUAAAAAUUAGACAGACCUCAGAUGAGUGGACAGAUAGAGGCCUCAGUUGCAUGCUGAACAAGUCACUUAUACAUUGCUUUUAUUAAUAUGCCAAACAGCAGUGCAAAAUAAAUUACCAUAAGCGCUUCAAACUCUCACCUCCUUUUUCAGAGGUGCCUGCUCAUGUCCUGGGAUGAAACGUCCAGUGAAACACAGUCUUUACCAACAAGGUGACCCACUCACAAGUGAAAACCAAGCUUUAUGAAUAUAAAUAAGACCUCAACACUCUAGAUGCUAGAAUCAUCUUUAAAAUGCCUUCUAAAUGUAAUCAAUCCCAUAUUUACAGAAUAGCAUUGAGUAGAUAUUGCUGGCUGCAGAUCCCUGAGUAUAGCAACCGACAGAUGCAUGUUUCUCUGCUACAGUGUGCCUCCUUCUUCUUUUUGAUAAGUUUUUGAUCAGAAAUGCUGCAAGCUUGCCUGCUGUGUGACCCUGGGGAAGCAAGAGGACUGUGGUACCAGAAAAAAACAAAUAACUGGACUCUAGUGGGAAAGGGCAAACGUGAAGCAUGUCGCCCUCGUGUGGAAAUGUUAGGAAACUGCAACCAUGGUUCACAAAAACGGAGACAAGAAAAAAAAAUGUGGAUUGCUGUUUGAAGUCACAAACUAGUAUUUGUGAACCAAAGCAGCGUCGCUGAUUUCUUCAAAGAACAUUGACCAUAUUGAUGAAAGUUCAUAUGCUAAUUAAGAUAUUUGGAGAAAAAAGAGACAGGUUUAAACCUGUUUGGGAAUGGACACAAUGUGACAGAAAAGGUUUGUGAGGUGUGAAAAGUAUUUGUUCUAAACUGCUCAUAAAAUCUGAAAAUCUAUGUUGACAUUUUGUUAAAUGGCUUGUUUGAUAAAGUUACAUAUCCAUAAAGGUCUAAGGCUAAUCUUGUAACAUAAGCAAAUUACCAAGCAGCCUGUCUUGCAUAUGACGGCUUUCCUGUACUGUAUGAUAAAUCUAUAAAUGAGAUGUAAAUACAAAUAUUUUAUUGUUCCUUU